CUGUGACACACAUUCGAUUAUGCUAUGGCCGGGGAAAAACCAAACAACAAGUUUCACUUCUUCCACAUUUUCAUUUUUUAUUAUAGUAGCUCUCACUCGGAACAGUGCAAACGUUCUUGAACACAUAAAAAGUACAGAAGAAGCAGUUUAAUUCUAUUAAUUAAUUCUAAAAUAUUUCCAUUCAUACCCACUAUUAGUUGGUCACUCUUGUAGGUCCGUUCGUUUGUUUUGUUUAGUAGCUAAAGCCUUUGUUGUAAAGUUUUCAUUUUUAGCAUCAGAGAUUUUCCUUUCUUGGUGGUGUGGAGUGACAGGAGAUGAUGAAGGAAACGAGGUCUGAUUCGAACUCAUUGUUCGCGCAGAAGCACAGUCAUCAUCAUCGUUUCUUCCUUAAAUUGGCAGUGUCGUGUCUCUUGCUGGGUCUCACUGUUCGCCUCCUCUUCACCGAUUCCUUCAGUUUGUCCUCUGUUGUGCACAAUCCUCCUCCUCUUGCAAAUGCAAUACCACACUCACCCUUUCUUUCUUUUCCACCUCCGCCGUCUUAUUCUCUUCAUUUUCCGCCAAACCAGACCCAAGAUGCAGUGGAGUGCGAUCUUUUUGUGGGAGAUUGGGUGCCGGACCUGAAUGGUCCAAGGUACAACAAUGAGAGCUGCCGCGUGAUCGAAGCUCAUCAGAACUGCAUGAAAAAUGGACGGCCUGAUUCGGGGUACCUUUAUUGGAGGUGGAACCCAAGAGGUUGUGAAUUACCAAAGUUCAGUCCUAGCAAAUUCCUUGACAUGAUGAGGGAUAAAUCAUGGGCCUUCAUCGGUGAUUCCAUCUCUCGCAACCAUGUCCAAUCUCUACUGUGCCUUCUCUCACAGGUGGAAGCAGGUGAUGAGGUGUAUCAUGAUAAGGAAUUUAAAUCAAGGAUAUGGAAGUUCCCUUCCUACAACUUCACCCUCUCAACACUAUGGAGCCCAUUCCUUGCGAAAGCAGAUAUUUUCGAGGACAUCAAUGGAGUUUCCUCUUCAGAAACACAGCUUCAUCUAGACAUUGUGGACGACAAGUGGACCAGCCAGUACAAGAAUUUUGACUACGUUGUAAUCGCAGGUGGCAAAUGGUUCCUCAAGACAGCAAUAUACCAUGAAAACAACACUGUAACAGGGUGCCACAAAUGCCAUGGAAAGAAUUUAACAGAUGUAGGGUUCCAACAUGCAUAUAGCAAAGCAUUGCAUCAGGCUUUUGAUUUCAUGGCACAUUCAGAGCACAAAGCGGUUGUGUUCUUCAGAACGACCACACCAGACCACUUUGAGAACGGGGAGUGGUUCAGUGGAGGGUACUGCAAUAGGACACUGCCCUUCAAAGAGGAGCAGAUAGAUGUGAGGUAUGAGGAUUCCAUCUUGAGAAGCAUUGAACUUGAAGAGUUUAACUGGGCUAAGAAGGCAAGUCCCAACUUCAAACUUUUGGACACCACUGGGCUUUCACUGUUGAGGCCCGAUGGGCAUCCAGGCCCAUACCGCCAGUUUCAUCCUUUGCUCAAUUCUAAGGUCCAGAAUGAUUGCCUGCAUUGGUGUCUCCCAGGCCCAAUUGACUCCUGGAACGACAUACUUUUGCAAAUGCUCACAGUCUGAACAUUUUCAUGUAAAUUCGUUAUUUUCUCAAACAAUACGACGACGUGGAGUUAGGAUUAAAUAGAAUUGAAGAUAAUCAAAUAACAUCUACAUCAUGUUUAUUGAGUGAAUUCAAUUGGUUUUGAAGAGAUAAAUGAUAUUUUUAUUUUA